CCCUGGUGCGAUGGCGCAGAAACCCCGUUGACAAGGCACUGCUUUUUCAUGACGUUGUCAUGGAUGAUGAUGAUGACUCGUGUCUCCUUGAUCUUAUUGGAGACCCACAAGCGUUGAACUACUUUCUACAUGGACCUAGUAAUAAAUCUAGCAGCGAUGACCUGACCAAUGCAGGAUAUUCUGCAGCCAAUUCAAACUCAAUUUUCGCCAACUCUACUAAUGCUGAUCCUAAGGCAACCCUCAAGGGUGUAAGCACUCAGCUUGGAGAAGGGCCCAGUGAUGGACUUCCGCUUUCCAGCAGCCUUCAGUUUCUUGAAGAUGAACUUGAGUCUUCUCCUCUUCCUGAUCUCAGUGAGGACCAACCUUUCGACAUUCUUCAGAAAUCCUUGCAGGAGGCGAAUAUCACCGAGCAGACGCUGGCAGAAGAGGCGUAUCUGGACGCCAGUAUAGGUUCGAGCCAGCAGUUUGCACAAGCUCAGCUUCAUCCUUCCUCAUCAGCAUCCUUCACUCAGGCUUCUAACGUUUCGAAUUACUCAGGUCAGACGCUGCACCCCAUCGGGGUGACUCACGUGCCUGUGGGAGCAUCGUUCGCAAGCAAUACAGUGGGUGUGCAACAUGGCUUCAUGCAGCACGUGGGAAUCAGUGUUCCCAGCCAGCAUUUGCCUAACAGCAGUCAGAUUAGUGGUUCUGGUCAAAUACAGUUAAUCGGGUCAUUUGGUAAUCAACCUUCCAUGAUGACAAUUAACAACCUCGAUGGCUCGCAGAUCAUCCUGAAGGGCAGCGGGCAGCAGGGCCCGUCGAAUGUGAGUGGAGGGCUUCUGGUUCAUAGACAGACUCCUAACGGGAGCUCACUGUUCGGGAACUCCAAUUCCAGCCCGGUAGCACAGCCUGUCACCGUUCCCUUUAACAGCACAAAUUUUCAGACAUCCUUACCUGUGCAUAACAUCAUCAUACAGAGAGGACUCGCACCAAAUUCAAAUAAAGUCCCAAUUAAUAUCCAGCCAAAGCCUAUCCAGAUGGGUCAGCAGAACACGUACAAUGUGAACAAUCUGGGAAUUCAGCAGCACCAUGUCCAACAAGGGAUCUCUUUUGCCUCCGCCAGCUCGCCGCAGGGCUCUGUCGUGGGCCCACACAUGUCUGUGAACAUUGUAAACCAACAGAACCCGAGAAAGCCGGUCACCUCGCAGGCCGUGAGCAACGCGGGGGGCAGCAUCGUCAUCCAUUCCCCCAUGGGCCAGCCUCACGCACCCCAAAGCCAAUUCCUCAUACCGACAAGCCUUUCCGUCAGCUCCAACUCGGUACACCACGUGCAGACCAUCAAUGGGCAACUUCUUCAGACUCAGCCAUCUCAGCUCAUUUCCGGCCAGGCGGCCUCAGAGCAUGUCAUGUUGAACAGAAACUCCUCCAACAUGCUCAGGACCAACCAACCAUAUUCUGGACAGAUGCUUAACAACCAGAAUACCGCCGUCCAGUUAGUGUCUGGGCAGACGUUCACCACCUCGGGAAGUCCAGUGAUCGUCAAUCACGCCUCUCCUCAGAUCGGACAGAUGCCCUUGCAGCAGGCAUCGCCCACCGUACUGCACCUGUCACCUGGGCAGAGCAGCGUCUCCCAAGGGAGACCCGGCUUUACCGCCAUGCCCUCGGUGACAAACAUGUCGGGACCUCCUCGGUUUCCUGCUGUCAGCUCAGCCAGCACUGCCCAUCCUAGUCUGGGGUCUACAGUUCCAUCUGGGACAUCGGGAUCAAAUUUCACAGGAGAUCAGGUCCCCCAGCCAAACAGGACUCCUGCGCCCGUCGCUGCGGCCCACCGUCUUCCAGCCUCCGCCUCCAGCUCCCCCAGCACCUUCAGCACGACGCCCGCAGCGGGGACCCAGCAGCAGUUCUUCUGCCAGGCUCAGAAAAAAAGUUUGAACCAGACCUCCCCCAUUGCCACUUCCAAGACGGCAGACGGCCUGCGGCCCGCGCAGAUCCCCGGGCUCUUGAACACACUGCCAGGGCAGGAUUCUGCAAGCAAAGUUCUGCCGCUAUCCUUAGGGAGCUCCCAGGCACAGCAGGAAAAAGCAGUUGGAUCAUCUCCUGGCCAGUCAGCUGUGCAGGUGGACAGUCAUUCAGGAGGACAAAAGAGGCCGGCUGCAAAACAGCUAACGAAAGGCGCUUUCAUCCUGCAGCAGCUUCAGAGGGACCAAGCCCAGGCGGUGACACCUGACAAAAGCCAGUUCCGAUCACUGAGCGACGCGGUGCAGAGACUGCUCUCCUACCACGUGUGCCAGGGCUCCACACCCACCGAGGAAGACUUGAAGAAAGUGGACAAUGAAUUUGAAACAGUUGCCACUCAGCUCCUAAAAAGGACCCAAGCUAUGCUGAACAAAUACAGAUGCCUGCUUCUAGAAGAUGCCAUGCGGAUCACUCCCUCUGCGGAGAUGGUGAUGAUCGAUAGGAUGUUCACCCAGGAGGAGAGAGCGUCCCUGUCCCGGGACAGGCGUCUGGCACUUGUAGACCCUGAGGGCUUCCAGGCCGACUUCUGUUGUUCCCUGAAGCCUGAUAAAUCUGCUCACGAGAUCCAGUGUGGCCGCAGUGACCAGCCUGGUGGGAAAGUGACCAGCUCUUUACAUCAGGGGGCUAAGGCCCAAAGCAGAGACCGAGCCAAACCAGGCGUGGCCGAACCACUGAAUCAUGACCAAUCUCAUGCAGUGCCUAACCACAUGGUGGUCUCCGCAGAGGGGAGCGUUUCUAAAAACACAGAAUGCCGAGUGCCGACCCGUGACAAAGCGGGCCCAGUUCAGUACCGGAGUGCGAACGAGGACAGGGGCAGCCGGAGAGACCCCGUGAGGGCGGGUGAGGGCUCUCCGGGCGCCGAGGGGCCCCGCAAAACCUUGUCCAGACCCGAUCAUGGUACUGACGGCAAGCUGUCCAGCCUCCUGGUGGACCCUCACCUGGAGAUGACGUGCAACAGCUCCUUCCAGGACAGGGCGCUGAGGAGUUCGCCAAAGAAUGAAGUUCUGCGCACCGACAUCCUGAGGGGCUCGGGGGAGCCCCAGGCCGACCUCCAGCUCACCAAGAGUUUAGAAACAACUUUUAAGAACAUCUUGGAGCUCAAAAAGGCUGGGCGGCAGCCUCAGAGCGACCCCACGGUGAGCGGCUCCAUGGAGUUAGACUUCCCCAACUUCUCUCCGAUGGCCUCGCAGGAAAACUGCCUGGAAAAGUUCAUCCCGGACCACAGUGAAGGCGUCGUGGAAACGGACUCCAUAUUAGAAGCAGCUGUAAAUAGUAUCCUAGAGUGUUAAUAGCAGCCGUCCCUCCCCACCCGACACCCGCCCCGGACACGCUCCAUUCUCUCCCGGCAAAGCAAAUGGAAACGGUCUCCUGUCUCCAGCCUGCUAGACCUCCGCACAGGUUCCUCCUCCUUCUCCUCCUUUUCCUCCUUCUCCUCCCCUUUUCCCCUUCCUUCUCUUCCUCCCCCUUUUCCUCACUUCCCCACCUCGCAGUCCUGGUCUUUGUUUAAGAGCAAUACCGCCAUGGUUCCAGGGAGAUCUUCGUGCAGUCUGAUAGGCCCCUCACCCUCCCAGUGUUACCAAAGUGCUUACAGUCUUUCGUUGUUCUUGUUUAUUUGUUUUCUUUUUCUUUUUUUCAUUUUUUUAAAACACUGUCACUCAAUGAGAUCAUAAUACACUUGGCCCUUGGGUAAAAUUUUGACAAUCAGUAAGUCAUUUGAAAAGAACAGACUUAUUAAAAAACAAAAAUCAAACAGGACUGAUAGAAGCGACUUUGUAGAGAAUAUCUCACUGCAGCUCUUAAGUUUAGUGGGCGUUUUUGGUUUGUGUUUUUGGUGGGGGGUGCUGGUACAGGAAGACCGCCCAUGUCUCCCGACGCGGCCCCCUGGGAGGUUAGUUGCUGGCUGCUCUGCCUGGACCGCACAGCUGGUCUCAGACGCCAGCAGCACACAAGGCAGGGCGCCUGCGCCGCCAUCCCAGUGUUUUUCCCACGUCCAGGAGCAAAGCUCACGCUCUCGGGUUUCCCUGUGCCGAUCUCACCUAGGGAAUGCUCGGAACUCAGCUCAGCGUGUGAGUUGAAAUCAUCUCAGCAGGGUAAAUACGGGAAAAGGGAAAAGUUGAGUGUACUGGGGAGGCUGGGGUAGAGCCAUGAGGAUUAGCCUAUGUAUAUAUGUCAAAGCAUAUAUAUGUUAACUAUUGAGAAAAACAAGAGUUGUGCGUUUUCUAGUCGGGCGGAGCCAGCGUGCCGCGCAGGCUCUCGUGUUGCUGGGCUCUGUUUUGCUUAAACUCUCCAGUAGCCAAGCAUCAAAAAGCACUUUUGUUGGAAAACUAGGUUUUCAGUUUUCUUUUUUUCAUUUUCAACUUGAAGGAGACUUUGCCCUUGUUCAUUCUUCUUGUCUGACAGCAGUAGUCACCCCUGGCAGCAUUCAUUACCAAAACACAGACACACCAAAGGUAACCAGCCGGCCCAACACUGAAGGAAAGCGCUGAGCCCCCAGACCCAUGACAGCCGAAGGGAAGGCCCGCCACGGUUUGCAUUUGCCUCGUGUUCAUCUCGUGAACGCGACUCACUGCUUUAUUUCUCUCUGUUCAGGGAGCUUCCCCAUCCUCCUUCCUCUUGCACCUGCCCGCUCACCCCUCUCUGUUGCCACUUCCAGCGACAGUGGUGGUUACUGAGAAAGCCACCAGAGGUGCUGCGUUUGAGCUAUGGAGACCCACAGUCCUCUUGAUUACCUUGGGUGCCUCUGCACCCACAGGUCUGCUGUGGACAUGUCCCCCAAAUGGGGGUGACCCCAAGUGUCAUUAUGUUGGGCAUUUCCUUUCCACGUUGGCCUACCAUAGAAAGGAAGGCUUCUGAUUUUUUCAAAAACAGCACUAAGCCAGGCAUGGUAGCCCAAUCCCAGCAUUCUCCAGCUCUGAUGCUGAGGUAGGAAGACUUCAAGUUCAAGGCCAGCCUGGGCUACAUAGUGAGACCCUGUCUCAAAAACAAACAACAACAACAAAUAAAAGCCCAUGGCAACAGACCUGUUGCCUUCCUGGCACUCUGUCUCACUGCCCAAAGCAGCCCUGUGAGCAGGCAGUCUACAGAAGGCUCUGCUGCUCCCUCCCAGCUCUGGCCUAUGGAAAUAGCAAAAUCUGAGCCAUUGUAGGGCUACCAUUUUUCCCCUUAUUUGUGCCAAUGUCCAAGUUGAAGAUUUCCCCUUCUUCCUGUACUACAAGAUAAGUUAGGAUUGCCAGUUGGAACUUUGUCUGGGCAGCCCUGAUCAGCGCCUGCCCUGAACCCCAGAUUUCACACGUUCCUCUCCUCGGCCUCACACUCCCCCUCUCACAACGCUCCCUGGAAGCCUUCACCUAGGCUGCUAAUGAAUUAUAUUAAUCACUGCAAAUCAGGAAUUUUUAAGAGACAAGCUUCAUGUACAUUGUCACCUCUUCCCUCCCCUGCCCCGUCACCCCAAUCAAUCCUAGCUUUUUUAUAGGUCAUCAUACAGGUUUUCAAACCCCUAAAACGUAUCCAGCUAAUGGAGAGCCUAAAUCACCCAAAUGAACACUUGUAAAUUUUUGUGUACUUGUAUGUAAGUUUACUUUUUAUGGAGGAAAGAUUCUAGAUAACGACAAAUGAAGACUAUGAAAUGUAUUUUGCUCCUGUGAUUAGGUUCUGCGCACAUGGGUCAUAGCUGGACCGUUGAGCCCCUCUGGCUGGUGCGCGGGGGGCGGGGGGCGGGGCGCUCAGCCUCUCACGGCCAAUGUUCAGUGUUUGGGUUCAUUAGUCAAAGUUAAGGAAUAACUUGUGCUUCGUAUCAAAAAAGAAAAAAAAAAUCAUUCUCCUUUAAAAAAAAUUUCCUGUUUGUUGUUGUGGAAAAGUGUGAAUUUGUUAUUACGCAUUUGAUUUUGUGUCCUUAAGUACUGCCUAAAGAUAAAGCAAAUUUUAAACUGGCAAUUACGAAAAAGAAACAUUUUAGCUCUGAAGAGUUUAGUAGACUCUGUUAGAUUAGGGAGGCCUUACAGACUGACGACUACAGAAGACGCGUCACUCGCUGGCAGUGUGGGGUGGCUUUUAUUUGCUUAAAUACCUUCAUUUGUAUAGUAUGUCUCACUUGAAAUUGCUUUGUAUACAUUUUGUAAAAAUAUUUAUAAAAUGUUUUGUAAAAAAAAAAAAAGUAUAACAAAUUGCAGUUUAUUUUGUUAUGUUGGAUAAAUACUGUUAAAAAAAAAAAAAGAAACCAGUCAGUAACUAUAUUGUUAAUCCAUGGUUAGGAAAUGUUUAGUUGGAGAUUACAAAAUGAAACAACCAUUGCAAUACAGCCAAAGAUUUGGGAAAAUGUGUAACUGUGAUUGUCUUGAUUUUGCAAACAGGAGUGGCGAUCUGCCCCGGAAGAAAAAGGAGA